UAGAGCUCAAGUUCCUAAAGUUCCUUCAACCUCUCCAAUGUCGAAUCCCCAAGUUGCUCCCAUGGAGUACUUUGAAGAAGAACAGGGAUUGAAUCAAGAGUGCAAAACCCUCCUCUCCUCCCUCCCCAGAGAGAAAGGAUGGGCUGCCAUUCAACUCUACCAAUACCAAGGCUUCUGGUACACUGCAAGGACACUUCAAGGAGUUCUCAAUUGCCAACAACACUUCCACGCCAACAUAGAUGAUCUAUUUCUCAUCACCAGUCCCAAAUCUGGCACCACUUGGCUAAAGGCCUUGGCCUUCACCAUUGUCAACCGCAACAAGUACUCUAGUUUCAACCACCCACUCCUUACCACUAACCCACAUGAGCUUGUUCCCUACUUAGAGGUCGACCUCUUCAUGAACAACCAAAAUCCUGAUCUCACCUCCUUCUCCUCUCCCAGGCUCUUCUGUAGCCAUCUCCCCUGUAUCUCUCUCCCUAAUUCUAUCAAACAGUUGGGCUGCAAACAGGUUUAUCUUUGUAGGAACCCAAGAGACAGCUUCAUCUCUCUUUGGCACUUCACAAACAAGUUGAGACCCCAAACAUUAGGAACCCUUUCACUGGAUGAGGAAUUUGAUAGGUUCUGUAGGGGUGUGUGUGUGAAUGGACCCUUUUGGGAUCAUGUCUUAGGAUACUGGAAACAGAGCUUGGAGAGACCUGACACAGUUUUGUUCUUGAAAUUUGAGGAGAUGAAGACUCAGCCCAGUGUCCAGGUGAGAAAGCUAGCUAAGUUCUUGGGUUUUCCAUUUACUGAAGUGGAGGAGAAGGAAGGGUUGGUGGAAGAGAUAUUGAGGUUGUGCAGUUUUGAUCAUUUGAGCAACUUGGAUGUGAACAAGAAUGGGAAGACAGUGUUUGGGGUUGAGAACAAUGCUUUCUUCAGGCGAGGUGAAGUGGGAGAUUGGGUCAAUCAUUUGACACCAGAGAUGAUAAAGAAGUUUGAACUGAUUGUGGAACAAAAAUUCUAUGGCUCUGGUUUAUCAUUUUAA